GGCUCGAUCCCGUGGAACAUCCUGCAAACACAUCUGAGACUCGCUGGAAGGAAAAGUCUGCACUUUCCCCUCACUGCACGCCGCCUCCCGGCUCCGUGUCGGGAUGACUAGUUGUCCGAUCACCUGGAGAGGUCCCCAGCACUUUUGCUGAAGCCGAACUGUCCCUCUGCAGGUCGUUGGCCCUGCUGGACUUAUGUUUUUAUGUUUGGACGCACGGCGGUGGGAUAUCCGGAAUGGGGAAUCCGUAGGAGGGACCGCACUGGCUGGUUUACUGUUGCGCGCAUCCACACAGCCCACGCCAGAGAUGGACUUUAAGAAGACUAAAUUUGGAAGGUUCAUGAACUGCAGGGUGCCAGCCAGUAAGAGAUACCAGCCCACCGAAUACGAACAUGCUGCAAACUGUGCCACACACGGGCUGUGGAUCCUCCCCAGUCUGGUGGGCGGGUCUGUGCUCUACUUCCUGUCUGUGGACCAAUGGCAUUGUGUUGCUGCCUGGCUCUAUGGGAGUGGUCUCACCGGCCUGUUCAUCACCUCCACGCUCUUCCACACUGCUGCCUGGAAAAUCAGCCACCUCCGGACAGUGGAGCAGCGUUUCCACAUGUGCGACAGAAUGGCCAUCUACUUCUUCAUCGCGGCCUCCUACUCUCCCUGGUUGAUGCUGAGGGAGUUGGGGCCCUGGGCGUGCCACAUGCGUUGGCUAAUCUGGGUCAUGGCUUGCAUUGGAUCCAUGUAUGUCUUCUUUUUCCAUGAGAGGUACAAGCUUGUAGAGCUGCUGGGAUAUGUCACCAUGGGGGCCGUCCCUGCUUUGGUCAUUCUGUUCAUGGUUGAACGUGCAGGUGUGUGUGAACUAGCCGUGGGAGGUGUUUUCUACGUGGUGGGCGUAGUCUUCUUUAAGAGCGAUGGCCUCGUCCCGUUCGCCCACGCCAUCUGGCAUCUGUUUGUUGCAGUUGGAGCAGGCAUCCAUUAUUAUGCCAUCUGGAGGUACCUGUACUUGCCUGGACCAGUGCUGCAGACAUCGAGGUGACUGGCUUCUGUCAUCUUAUUUUUCCAUACCAGACUGAGUGACGGAUAAAAGUCUAUUUUAGUCAUAAAAUCACUGUGUUGACUACAACUAACUUGACUUAGGAGGCUACACCUACAGGGAUGGUGCUGAUGAUCUGACUGUUAAGGAUCAGAUGAAAUUCCAAACACUUUUACUGUUUAAAUUAAAAAUCUGUCCCAAAUGCCAGUUAUUUAACUUCACCUCUGUAGACCAAACUUACUCAAAAACAUGAUUCUAAUUCUGCUGUCUGAAACAUUGUUAUGAACAAUCACUACUGCCAUGUUGACGGCCAAUAAGUGACCGAGAAAAUCCUUUGGAUGUAAAUCUUAAUCACCUCUAGGCUGAUGUUUGCAUAGUUGACCUAUGUUCAGUUAAAAGAAUCAUUUUAUAAAUGAAAAGUAGGUGAGAAUAUUGAUAACACUCUCAUAUCUGAAUGCCAAAUAGAGUACUGAGUAAAUGCUUUAGGCAUCUUUGAUGUUCAUACUUACCAUCUAGGGAUGUCCGAUAUUGGCUUUUUUGCCAAUAACCGAUAUGUCGAUAUUGUCCAACUCUCAGUUUCUGAUGUCAUCUGAUACUGGUAUAUGUGGGCUAUUUAACUCAUUUUAGGCAACAUCACAUAUCUCCUGUGGUGGAAUUAACACAUCACGCCUAAUUUUAUUGUGAUGCCCCAUUGGAUGCAUUCUCAAAUGCAACAAGGCUUUCCAAAUGUAAACAUUGUCUGUGCAAAAUAAGAAAACUACUUCAACUUAAGUUACGGAAAAAAUGCCAUAUUUAUGCCUUUUUUAAAAAAGAGUCUCAAACAACAGUUCAGACUCUCCCUCUCUCUAUGAGUCCAGUAAAUGCCGGCAAAAUCCUGGCAUUAUUUUAUCAGUUUUCAUGAUAGGCAAAAAACAAAAACUGAUGAUAGUGACCGAUAUUACAUUUUUAUGCCAAUAUUGGCCCACUGAUAUUAUUGGACAUCCCUAUAAUCAACCAUGCAGUAUCAUCACAGAGGAAUCUGACUGGUCACAGAUUUAUUUUCCAGUGUGACCGUGAUCCCAAAUAUACAAAGUCUUAACAAAUUAUACUCUUUAACAAGAACAGAGAGUCUUGCAAUAGGUGGUAAAACCUCCAUAGAGACCUUAACAAUAUGGAAUCAGUGUAGGAUCACAUGAAGAGAUAGAAGACACUGAGACAACCUCAAUCCACAGAAGAACUCGAGAUGUUAUAUGUAACCCACCAUGAAACUGGGCAAGUGCAUUGAGGAGACCUGGAACUGUUUUAAUUGCAAACGUUGAUCACUUUUAGUGCCUAUUGAUUAUCAUUAACUACACAAAGGAGACACCAGCAUAUCACUGCCUCUAUACUACACUAGAAAAGCACCUGCUUCAUAUUUACAGUACAGACAUAAAAGUGGCUUAAACUAUCUCUUCAAGCUUCUUCUUCUCUGUAACUUAUCUGACAUCUGUCUGGUUCCUUUUAGAAAUCCAACCAAAAGCGAUGCAUCAAAACUGAACACACAAGCAAUAUUUUGUAUUGGUGCUAACAGCUACAGUCGUGUAGUAAAGCUCACAGUUAGGCUGAUGUUCUUUUACUUUUGUUCAUUUUGACAGUGUUGCAAAAUUUAAAAGUAAAAUUAGCUUCAAGCUAAAAGAUAAUUUAUUCUGGAACAAUUCUUUUGCCAGUAUAUUAUACGUUAAAUUGUCAGUAUGCAAAUCCGCUGCCACACACCCUGAUUUACACUGAGACAGAGCAAAAGCAAUAUGCAGGCAGACUUUAAAAUAAGAUAAACUUUACUGAUCCCUCACUGGGGAAAUGUAUAUGUUACAUAAUAUUAUAUCCAGGUAAUAUGAAUCAUCUGUUAAUGAGAAGUUUAAGCACUUGAUUAAGAUAAAGGUCAAAUACAAGCGACUUGGUUGUGAAUCUGUUAAGAUUUUGGUUAAAUCUGCCUCAAAAUCAAUUAUCAUGAUUUUCUGUAGGUGGAUCUGAGAUAUAAUACGAUCAAAGACCGUGAUGAGUGGGUCAAACGUUACAAUCACACUAAAUGUCAACGUUUAGUGCUUCUAGUAUUUUGUUCCGAGGGCUCUAAUUGCCGUUGUCUUGUCAAAGUGGUGCACUCUUAUUCAUGAGCACUUUUCUAACAACAACAUGUAGAAUUUACUAGUGUCCUCUUGAGUAUGACAUACAUUGAUGGUUAUGUUAUACAGGUAGAUUAUAUAUGCACAUUUCCAUGUUUAUUUUUAUAAUUUUCUAUAUUUCCACAAGCACUGUAUUGAUGACAGUUUCAUGACGUUCCUAAUCGCUGGUAGAUCUAAUGUUUUUAUUUUUGAAAACACUCAGGUAGUGAGCUUUUUUUUUCUAAAUCAGAUGAUCUAUUUUGUACAAAAAAAUGAUGUAUCUGUGAAAUCACUGUAUUAAAGAGACACUAUAUUGCCUGUAAA